UUUAAUGUUUCCCAAAUGACAUCCAUAAUCCAUAAUGAGAAGUUCAAUGUUCAAAGUUCAAACCAUAUGAAACCAAGUACGAAAAAAAAAAUGAAAAGGCAUUUUUUUUUAUAACUUCAACCGGUGCUUUUUUAGUCUCACCUUCAUGUUGAUUCGAGGCAUUUUCCUACUUCCAAGUAAAAAAUGGAAAGGUUGGUAGGAUACAAAAGGUUAGCAAGUUAGUGUUCCAAAUAUAUACGUUCGUCCAUAAGUUCGAAGCUGUGGCAUUUGAUCUUCCUUUUCCAUGACCCAUGUGAAAGAUAAAAUCUUGACCUAUAUGAAGUCUUGGCAUUUGAACUUAUGUGUAUUGUACGGUUUUAUUAGGUGAUCAAGUUUCCUCACGUACAAAGGUAUAAUUUGACGCUAACUUUACCCAAAAAGAUAUCGCGCCUAACUAUGUUGGUCAUCAAUUUCGAGGACAAUGUCGUUGUUGAGAAGAUAAUGAACAAAAGAGAAUUGUCAGCUUUGGUUUAUCAUUUAUCAUAUGCCACUUACAACCCCUACCCAUCCCUUUUGAAAGGCAUUUGUGGCGUCUGGUCUUUUGAAAAGCCAUAUUCGAAACGUUAGCAGCUUGUGGGAUGAGAAUACAUUCCAUUACUCCAAAGGUUUGCAUAUGUCUCCCUUAGGCCUUAACUGUUGUCUCUUAACACUACUGCAAACAAUAAUUUCAACUGAUAGGGUUCUGUAUGUCGCUUGAUACCAAACUGAUGUCCCCACCGAUAGCCAGAGAAGAAGUGGCUGUCUGGCUCUCAACAUUGUUGUUGAGUGGGAAAUCAAGGUGGUGUUCAUGUGGUUAUUAUGCAAUAGUGGACUUGCCUCGGGCCAAUGCUUAGCAUUCCAUGGCUCGAAGUGUCGGUAGUUUCUUAACAGCUCUUGGAGCCAAAAUUGUGCUACCACAAUGCUUUCGAGUUGUUGUUAAUCUUGUACUAACGAUGUUGCUUAUUCAAUGCAAGAUGUUUUUACUUUGACUGUCCUUUAUGUGAGUACCUGAUUUGGAGUUGUUGACAUCCCCUCCCAAAGUGAGGGUUUGGCAUAUACUGAUUUAGAAGACAUGGAAUGAAAUGAAAGAAGAUGAUAAAAACUAACUCCCAUUGUUCGAAGGUCUACUCUUGCAUUAAUGGUGGGUCCACUAUCAAUUCGCUUUAUUUUUUAGUCUAUAUGUAGCAAAGAGCAACUCUUCCGGGAAUGGAUCACUGCCAAUGCGAGUAUGUCCAACGCAAAGAGCAACUCUUCCGGGAAUGGACACGUGAAGCGACACUGACACGUUGACACAAUCCGUGAACUCUCGAAGUAGAGACAAGCUAUUUGAUUUCAUGCACACGUCCACUUAAGUUAAGAAGGUAAAUUUCAUUCCAAUAAUACAUCUCUCUCUCUCUCCUCUGUUGGAAGAAAGUACAUACAAGUUUUGUGAUUGGUGAGAGUGUUUGGAGCAUUUUUUAGGGUGCCCCAUAGUGUCCAAACAAAUUUGUGUUGAGCUGAGAGGGAAUUACACUUGUCACUCAUGCAUGGUCAACUUAAUUUGUACACAUUUACGUUGCUGAAGAAUACAGCCUCCGAUGGAGAUGAAUCAAAGACAAAAAAAAUACUAAGUUGCCUUUUUAUCUGAUACAACUUCGUACGUUUUGAGGGAUGGUUUGCUCUAUUUGGCUCGUAUCUCUAUUUCUGCUUCAACGCUUUUCAAGGUUAGUGUUCUCUCUCUCUCUCUCUCUCUCUCUCUCUCUCUCUCUCUCUCUCUCUCUUUGCAUGGAGUGUUAAUGCAUUGUCACUUUAGGCCACCCACUGCACAUUCUAGUAAGGGAGAAUGGCCGAUGUUUACUUAAGAGUGUGAUGGGUACAUGUUUGCUAGCUUUAUACCCAGUCUGCUACUUUCAACUGAUGGUAUUAAAUUGUUCGAUAUUUUAAUAUCUAGUUUACUGGAAUUCGAUGGGCCUAUGCGAUAUUAAAUUAUUCCAUUUUUCUUUAUUGCCCUAUCUCUGUGUGUGUGUUAUGAUUUAGUUUGGUAGGUUUUUAAUUGCACUUACUUUCUUACGGAUUGCCUCACUCUAUUUUUGCCUUUUUGUGCGGUACAAGUUUGGAUGUUUUGAGGUAUAUGGUUUGGCCCCUUUCUCUAUUUCAGCUUAAACGAUUUCAAGGUCAUGUUACUGCAUGGAGUGUCAAUGCAUUGUUGUCACUUUAGGCCACGCACCACACAUUCUAGUUGGGGUGAAUAGUCGACUUUCACUUAGACUAUGAUGGAUAGAUGUCUACUAGCUUUUUACCCAAUCUGCUACUUUUCCAAUGAAAGUAUUAAGUUGUUCUAUAUUUUAAUAUCUAGUUCACAUAAAUUUGACGGGUCUAUGGGAUAUUAUAUUGUUCCACUUUUCUUAAAGUUCACUUACAUAAGUUUUUUUUGGUCAAGUUAAAUCUUAUAAAGCUCAAACAAACCAAGAACAAAAGGACCAAGUCUAAGUACAGCUACUACAAAUUAACAAGAAAGCCAAAAGAACCCAAAUACCUAUACAUCCCCAAAACAACUAGGGGAGGAAAAUUUUCCUACUAAUUUUCCAGCUAGCAGCAAGGUCACGGUUUUGGGAAGAAGACUUGACUCCUCUCUAGGAACUGAUGGAAGCACAGUCAUCAUCUACUAUAACACCUUGUAAAGCAAAACAAUCCUGGCUUCGGCUUAAUUUGAAAGACUCUACUAUUACGCUCCCUUCAAAGCCAAUAGAUAGAGAGUAGCAACCAAAGACAAUUUAAAGAUCAUUUUUACCAUAACAUUCUCCCAGUGGAAUUGCUUAGCCCAGCUCAGCGCAUUCUGCUGCACUAAUGGCCCACUAUAAUCCCAUUGCAAACCAAAAUAGCAAACCAAACGUGAGUAGAAUGGCUUCUUAUGCUGCGAAUGAGGAAUAAGAGUCUAAAUUAUCGCCUCUUUCAGUAAACUCUUACGCAUGGCAAAGUGUAUAUGACCAAAAUUUUUAUCAUGCUUGAAUUUGCAGUCAAUCUGGUUUGUCUUCUUUUAUUCAAUUUCUUUGCAACCAUUGGGUCUUAUUUUUUCGUGUCAAUUUAAUUAAGUUUCUCGUGGAGGAGUUAGCAUCUUGUCUUAGUGAGAAAGAUCUACUAAGUAUGUCCAGAAAUAUGUAGACUUUAAGAAUGACGUACUGCUUUGUAUGCUUUCACUAGUAGUGAAUGGCUUCUUAUCUCUUUUGGCGACUGAGCCAGUGAGCCUAUUGUGGAGAUGGAUCAGAAAUAAUCCGUCAGUGUACAUUAUUAAUAGAAUUAAUAAUGUUUUUGUAAUCACUGACGGAUCAGAAAUAAUCCGUCAGUGUUUUGGACUUUAUUUUUUGGGCUAACCAAACACCUCCCCCCCCCCCCCCCCCCGUAUUUGGGCUUUGUCACUUUUGCUCUUUAUUAUUUUAUCUGGGCUUGUGGCCAUUAUUAAUAGAAUUAAUAAUGUUUUUGUAAUCACUGACGGAUCAGAAAUAAUCCGUCAGUGUUUUGGGCUUUAUUUUUUGGGCUAACCAACCCCCCCCCCCCCCCCCCCCCCCGUAUUUGGGCUUUGGCACUUUUGCUCUUUAUUAUUUUAUCUGGGCUUGUGGCCUUUAGGUGAUGGGCUUUGACCCUUUGGGUUUUCUCCUUGGUUGGUAUCUUGCCAAUCAAGGGAUUGGGUCUCGGAUGGCACUUGUUGCCCUCCUCCUUGCUCCCUUUUGUCUUUGUAAUCACUUUCAAAGAUGAAUAAAAUUUUUUUUCGCCAUUCAAAAAAAAAAAAAUUCAACUUAAAGCUGUCCUGUCAGAAAUUGAUAUCAGAGAACCAUCAGUGUCUCUUAUAGAUAAUAUUAAAUGUGAGGUCUGUUCUGUUAGAGAUUGAUGUACAUGAAAUGGAUUUCAUUUCAUUUGAUUACUUCUGCUUUGAAGUCUUAACCUGAUUUGCUUCAUGCUGAUAGGCUGGUGAGCUUAUGAAGCUCGAGUAUCAGAGGAAAGUUUCCCUGCUGAACAAACUGAAAAAACGUAAUGCUAGUACUGAAUCAUUAGAGAAGACGAAGGCAGCUGUAAGUCAUUUGCACACAAGAUAUAUAGUUGACAUGCGGUCCAUGGAUUCAACAGUUUCUGAAGUAAAUCACAUACGUGAUGAUCAGUUGUAUCCGAAGCUGGUUGGUCUUGUUAAUGGGAUGGCGAAGAUGUGGGAAUUAAUGUGCACACACCACAACGAACAGUUGAGAACUGUGACAGAUCUCAAGUCCCUUGAGAUCUCCGGAGCUCCAAAGGUAACAACCAAACACCACCUCGAGCAAACAAAAGAGCUUUGUAAUGUUAUCGAAGUAUGGCAGUCUCAAUUCGAGAAGCUAUCAACUAAUCACAAACACUACAUCCAAGCCCUUAAUAGCUGGCUGAAGUUGAAUCUCAUCCCCAUCGAAAGCAGCUUAAAGGAGAAAAUCUCAUCGCCGCCCAGGAUCCAGAAUCCCCCAAUCCAGGUCCUCCUCCAUUCGUGGCACGAUCAUCUUGAAAAGCUCCCGGAUGAGCUUGCAAAAAGCGCAAUCGCCUCUUUUGCUGCUGUGAUAAAAACCAUUAUGUUACAUCAGGAAGAGGAGAUGAAGCUAAAGGAUAAGUGUGAGGAAACCAGGAAGGAGUUGUUGCGAAAGAGCCAGGCAUUUGAUGAUUGGUAUCAGAAGCACCGUCGAAGAACACAAAAUGAUGAUAUGGAGCCCGAUAGAGGUGAAGGUUCAAAUCACAAGGAUCCUAUUUCAGAGAAGCGGUUUGUAGUGGAGAGCUUGAAUAAGAGGUUGGAAGAGGAAGUAGAAGCUCACCGGAAGAUGUGUGUUCAGGUGAGGGAUAAAUCAUUGGGUAGUCUAAAAAUUCGGUUGCCGGAGCUCUUCAGGUCCAUGUCAGACUAUUCUCAUGCAUGUUUUGAGGGGUACGAAGGAUUGAGAUUAAUCACUCAAUCACAGAGCGGCAAUGGUCGUAGUUCAUGAGAACCUGUGAGCCCUUUCUUGUUAGGUUUGUCGUCCAUGGCUUAAAACCUUGUCUAGUUUAUGGUCUACUAAGAUUGUUUAUAUUGGUUUCUUGUUUCGCUGUCUGAAAUCUUCUUGAUCCCAUGUGGGAAAAGGUUUUGCAUCAGCUGAAGCUUC